AGUUGCUGUUUUCCAGAAUGGGACUCCAGGAGGAGGUACAGACUCUGACGCCUUCAGGAGGGGCUGAGACUAGAAGAGGAGAGGCUGAGCUAGGAGUCGUAAAGAACAACGUGGGAGAGGAGGAGGAGGACGACGACGAAAGACAAGAGGCGGAUCAGAGGGAGGAACGUCGAAAAAGCCCGGGGCAGAGGAGGAGUGCAGUUGGAAAGCCCAACAGGUGGCUUUACCUGAGCAGCACAGGGAAUGGGGGGUGGAGGAAAGGGGAAGUACUAAGAAUGAGGACGGACCGGUUACCUCUUUUCCUCCAGGACAGCUGUGUGCAACAAGCAUCUGCGGAAGACUUCGACUUGGCUGGGGAAGAAAAAGCAUGGACCGGAGAACUCAGUGUUGAUGUUUGCCACAUUCCCAUUAAGGAACUAAGUUGCAAUGCUGUUUUUCUGGAAAAUGCAACAGAACCUCAUGUGGCGGUCUUGCGAAGGCCUGCACAUGGGCUUCGGCUCCUGGGCAGCAGAAGAGCCGUGAGUAUGUUCGUCUUCCCAGAUGACAAUAGGAGACACCAAAACACAGCAACCAACCACCAAGGCAGCUCUGCAAAACCUCACAGUGAUUGUAUGUUGGCAGCUACCAACUCAAACAACAAUAUUCUGCCUGCCUCGACCCCAAAUAAGCAAGGUUGCCCAAAUGUGAUCCAGCGGUGUAGGACAAGACGUGUCGAGCUGCGUGCAAUAGACGGUCUAAAACCAGACAUGCCGCCUUCUGUCAACCUGUUUCCUCAUCCACUAGAAGAACCGCCAAUACGUCGGACUUUGAAAAGCAAGAACAAACCACGGCCCGUUAGCAUGACUGUUCUUGAGCUUAAUAAAGAGCGUAUUGGAUCCCGGGAUGAGCUCGCAAGCCACGCUUCCACUGGUACUGGUAGUUUGCCACGUCCAGGCUUCCGAUGGAGAUGGUUUGGUCGACAGGCAACUGGAAAGGAAGUGGUGGUGAAACAAACUUCAACAAGGCUAAAGGAACCCAACAAGACAGAAGAACCGAAGACAACAUUCGGAUCCCUGCGGAGGAGCUUGAGUCUAAGGAUGAGGCGGAAUCGUAAUCAACUCGAGCAGGAGAACCGAACUGAAUGGAGACGCACUUCAAGUAUCGGAGAACAAUCUAUGCAAACCACUCGCCCGUUUUCCUAUCUUACUGGCAGGAUGUUAACGCCAGCUCAUGAGCAAGAUGAGGAUCAAGGGGCCACACAGUACAUUCAGUACCAAACUCGGGGCAAGGUGGCCGUCUUGGAGGUCCCUCUCCAUCCUGCCAAACUAACAAAGCCCACCAAACAUUUGCAACCAGAGACUAGUUUUUGGCAGUUAAUUGCUAGUCGUUUUAAGAGGAAAGACCCGUUGUCCAGCAACAAAUCUGAGCUGUUCACUGAAAGCCAAGCAGAUGGCAGCCACCCCCCUGCGAGAAAUAAAAAGCCAGAUUCUGUUGCCAUAGAGACUCUAGCUGGCAUUAGUUUCCGCAAAGGUCAAGAUUCCUUCGUUAACAGUCAGGAAUGGACAUUGAGUCGAUCAGUACCAGAGCUCAAAGUGGGCAUCGUGGGAAACCUGUCCAGUGGGAAGUCAGCGUUAGUUCACCGGUAUCUGACAGGAACAUAUGUCCAGGAGGAGUCGCCCGAGGGAGGGAGGUUUAAAAAGGAGAUUGUGGUGGAUGGACAGAGUUAUCUCUUGCUGAUCAGGGAUGAAGGCGGCCCACCAGAACUGCAGUUUGCUGCCUGGGUGGACGCGGUGGUGUUCGUCUUCAGCUUGGAGGAUGAGAUCAGCUUCCAGACAGUUUAUAACUACUUCCUGCGUCUUUCCAGCUACAGGAACACGGCAGAGGUUCCCAUGGUGCUGGUGGGGACGCAGGAUGCCAUCAGCGCUGCCAACCCAAGAGUGAUAGAUGACGCCCGGGCUCGGAAACUGUCCAACGACCUGAAACGCUCCACGUAUUACGAAACCUGCUCCACCUAUGGUCUUAACGUGGAGAGAGUCUUUCAAGAUGUUGCUCAGAAAGUGGUGGCGCUGAGGAAAAAACAGCAGCUUUCGAUUGGUCCGUGUAAAUCUUUGCCCAACUCUCCCAGCCACUCGUCGGUCCCGGCCGCGUCCAUCCCCUCUGUACACAUCAAUCAGGCUGCUAAUGGAGGAGGCGCGUUCAACGAUUACUCGUCCUCCGUUCCCUCCACCCCCAGCAUAAGCCAGAGGGAAAUGCGCAUCGAGACGGUGGCCGCCUCCAACACUCCCACGCCCAUCCGCAAGCAGUCCAAACGGCGCUCCAACAUCUUCACAUCACGGAAAGCCAGUGAUCAGACAAAGAGCAUUGAGAGUAAAACUGACAGUAUAGGGAGUGGAAGGGCCAUACCCAUCAAACAGGGGAUUUUGUUAAAAAGAAGUGGGAAGUCACUUAAUAAGGAGUGGAAGAAGAAAUACGUCACAUUGUGUGACAACGGUCUGCUCACGUACCACCCCAGUUUACAUGACUACAUGCAGAACGUCCACGGUAAAGAAAUUGAUUUGCUGCGGACGACAGUAAAGGUACCCGGGAAGAGGCCGCCCAGAGCAGUGGCAACGGUCGCCCCUACAGCCAGCCCCAAAACCAACGGACUGACCAAAGACCGCAGCACUUUACAACUCGGCAUCGGGGCCACAAGCACUCCUCACUCUAACAGCAGCAGUUCCCUGCAGUCCGGGGGUUCGGCGGCCGGCGUGGCUUUGGGGACUAGUAAAGAGGGAAUGCACCAGCGCUCGUUCUCCGUAUCCAGCGCAGAACAGUGGAGCGAGGCCGUUAUCAGCACCACGGCAGCCAAUGGGAUGGCAGAUCCUCUCAGCUCCGCCCCUGGCAUGAGCAGCGCCACCAGUCCCAAACUUGAGCCUCCACCAUCACCUCAUGCCAACCGCAAGAAACACAGACGGAAAAAGAGCACAGGCAUCACCAAACCAGACGGCCUUUCUGCAGGGAAUGAAGAGCAAGAGGAGUCAUUUGAGUUCAUCAUUGUGUCCCUGACGGGUCAGAUGUGGCACUUUGAGGUGUCCACGUAUGAGGAGAGAGAACUCUGGGUUCAGGCCAUUGAGAGCCAGAUAUUUGCCAGUCUACAGUCCUGUGAGAGCAGCAAGAACAAGUCUCGAUUAGGAAGCCAGAGUGAUGCAGUGGUCAUCCAGUCCAUCAGGAACAUGAGGGGAAACAGCAUCUGUGCAGACUGUGACGCCCCCAAUCCGGACUGGGCCAGUCUGAACCUUGGCGCUCUGAUCUGUAUCGAGUGCUCCGGGAUGCACAGGAACCUGGGCACCCAUCUGUCCCGCGUACGGUCUCUGGACCUGGAUGACUGGCCUGUGGAGCUCAGCAUGGUGAUGACGGCCAUCGGGAACGCCAUGGCCAACAGCGUAUGGGAGGGCUGUGUGGAAGGAUACAUCAAACCUGGGGUGGACAGCACCAGGUGA